AUGUUUGGACUUGGGGCAAGCCGCCAUCCCUUCCUUGCUUCCGGGUCCUGGUGGUGUAAUCCUCCUGCUUCCGACAUCGACCAUUCUCCCUGGGAUGCCGCUGAAAUUUCUGCUUGGCAGAAAAACAUGGAAGAAGAUUCGGCCUCGACUCCUGUGGAAGGGGCCAACGAAGAGGUUCAGCAGGCAGAAGACCCCGAGCUGGAGGCCAUCAAGGCCAAAGUCCGUGCAAUGGAGAAAGAUGAUGAAUGGCUGCAGGAGCUGCAGAAUGAAGCCAAGUCCCUCCUUGGGAGUUCAGAGCCAGAUCUUCUGUUACCGAGAAUAAACGAGAAGAAGCGGGAUGCUGACCAGCGCUCGAUCUAUGUGGGAAAUGUGGAUUAUGGAGGAACUGCGGAAGAACUGGAGUCCUACUUCAACAGCUGCGGACAGAUCAACCGAGUGACUAUCCUUUGUGACAAGUUCUCAGGCCAUCCGAAAGGGUACGCCUACAUAGAAUUCGCUGAGCAAAGUGCUCUCAAAGCAGCCCUGGAACUGGAUGAAGGCACAUUCAGAGGCCGCAUCAUCAAGGUGCUGCCCAAAAGAACCAACUUUCCAGGGAUCAGCUCCACGGACCGUGGCGGUUCCAGGGGACGCUUCCGAGGACGGGGAGCCCCACCUCGUCAUGCCAGCUUCAGUGGAGGGCAACGUUCCAGGUCCGGUGGCAGAGUAGUCCGGGGCCGUGGGAGGAUACCUGCCUGGUACGUGCCUUACUAG